GUGUGUGUGUGUGUUUCUGCACCGCGGCGCUCUGAUUGUUCUCUGCUCUCUUGUUGUGAGGGUGUUCUCUUUGACCGGCUGAAUAAGUGACGCUCCAUGUUCCUUCGCCAGCUGAUCCCCCCCUUCCUCCCUCUCAGACCUCCCCCUCUCUUCAGGAGCCCCUCCUCCUCUUCCUCCCCCUUCCUCCACUUCCUCCCCUUCCUCCCCGCUCCUCCUCCAUGGUGGUCGGCCCAGUUUCUUCCUCGUCCUCCUCCAUCCCGUCACUUCUCCUCCAGCAGGACGUUUCCUCCUCGGAGCUUCGCCAACGCUUCAGGAAGCCCCUCCUUCUCCACGUCCGCCGGCCUCCUGAUGGAGCGCUCGGACCUAGAGCCUCCUCACAAACGAAAGAAGGGCGCGGAGGACGAGGAAAGGGAACAGAAAGGAGCGUCGAACCGAGACCGAGGAUCCAAAUAUCACCCGGAUUCCUACAGAGACCCUCGGUCGAACCUAGGAGGCGGAGGCGGAGGCGGAAGCGGGGAGAACGGAGACGGAGACAGGACUAAGAGUUGCAGUAAAGACACACCGAGUGAUAGCAGUCGAGAUGAGACUGCUAACGAGAGGAGGAGUCCGUCGAGCUCCAGGGUUCAAAGCAACCUGAAGUCAAAACCAGAACAGGACCACGUCUCCAGACCCAGAGCAAACGCCUGGUUCAAAGAGAAGGGGGAGGAGCCUCAUCCCAGGGGGGAGGAGCCUCAUCCCAGCAGCGCGCCCCAAAGCCAGUGGCCGGGGAAACCAGUGAGAC